CUGACGCCGUCCAGGCAUUAUUCGGCAUGGGGGUGACUGCGGAAUAGCUCCAGGCUGCACAAGGGGAAGAAGACCCGGAGGAGGUGGAGGAGGCUCGGCAAGGCUCCAAUGAUCGAGGAGAUGCUGGUGGAGGACAUUCCAGAAGGGGAGGAUGACGAGUCCAGCGAGUGCCGAGUAUCGACCUUCAAGCGCUUGGGGGCGAGGAGAUUCGCGUGUCGGCUUUCGAUAGGCUCAACUGGGGACAAGAAGGUCAUCCGGGUGACCUUCGCUGACAGAUUUUGGGGGCAGGCGAAGGCACGCCGAGGAGUCAGCGACCUCAGACUCACGCUUGGUGAGGCCUGAGCGUACCAAUGGCCGACGAGAUGAGCGGACUCAGCGUCGCCAGAGUCCCACUAGGACCGAGAAGACAAAGGGCUCGGAUCACGGCAUGUCCUGUCUCGUGCACGAAAUCGCCGAGCUUAAGCGCCGAGUAGAGACAAGGGCACCCUACAGCCAACCCAUCUUGAGGACGGUGACCCCGUUCACUUCGAGGGUUAUGUCGGUUCCGCUGCCAGCGAACUUUUGGCCGUGGUAAAUCAAGGCCUACAGUGGAA